CGGACCAGGUUCCUCUGAACCUUAUGUUCAGUUUUCAGGGCCCACUCUCCCGAUCCCCUGACCUUUUUUCAUCUACCCCGACACGACUCCGCCGCGUGCUCCUAUCCCCAUUUCUUUCACUUCUCUGUGGCGAGCAUCUCCCUCCUCAGGGAGAAGGAAGCAUGGGGCCAGCACUUUGGGAAGAAGAGGCAGGAAGACCCGCCGUCCUCCCCGUCUCAGCUUCUCGUGUGUAAUCACCUGCCUAUUUGGAAAUGGGGCAGGGUUUGCAGCUGGAUGCCAAUGUCACUGACUAGUCUUCAGCCCACCAUGCAGUAAUAACAUGUUCCCAGCCUUGGAAACGCAGCUAAACCAGGAGACUCACAGACUUCCUGAUCCCUAUGAAGACUUUAUGUACCGUCACCUUCAAUAUUAUGGCUACUUUAAAGCUCAGAGAGGCAGUCUAUCAAACUCUGCAACGUAUCAGCAUAUUCAGAAGAAUAACCCUCAAUACCUGUUGAAUGGCUCUCUUGGGGAAAAAGAUGAUUUGAUACCAGACACCCUGCAAAAGGAGAAGCUUCUAUAUUCACACAUGCUGAGUUCACCACGUCUUAGGAGCAGACAGCUUCUUUAUGAUGAGUUGGAUGAAGUAAACCCACGUCUUCGAGAACCCCGGGAGCUCUUUUCCAUUUUGUCUACCAAGAGGCCACUGCAGGCUCCAAGAUGGCCAACUGAAUGUGAGGUCAUCAAGGAAAACAUUCAUCAUAUUGAGUGGGCUCCACCUCAACUAGAAUAUUUAUAUCAACCUACAGGAAAUGAAAAGGUACCAGAGAUUGUAGGAGAGAAAAAAGGAACAGUUGUCUAUCAAUUAGAUUCAGUGCCCACAGAAGGUUCCUAUUUCACCAGUUCCAGAGUGGGAGGCAAACGAGGAAUUAUCAAGCAACUUGCUGUCACGUUGCAAGGACCAGAAGAUAAUACUCUACUGUUUGAAUCAAGGUUUGAGAGUGGGAAUCUGCAAAAAGCCGUCAGAGUAGACACCUAUGAGUAUGAACUUACCUUGCGAACCGACCUCUACACAAACAAACACACUCAGUGGUUUUAUUUUCGUGUUCAGAACACCAGAAAAGACCCCACCUAUCGCUUCACCAUUGUCAACUUGCUAAAAUCCAAGAGUCUUUAUACUGUAGGAAUGAAGCCACUCUUGUAUUCCCAACUGGAUGCCGACACCCGCAAUAUUGGCUGGAGGAGAGAAGGAAAUGAAAUCAAGUACUACAAAAACAACACGGAUGAUGGGCAGCAGCCCUUCUACUGCCUCACAUGGACCAUUCAGUUUCCAUAUGACCAGGACACUUGCUUCUUUGCACACUUCUACCCAUAUACAUACACUGAUUUGCAAUGCUACCUCCUGUCAGUGGCAAACAACCCCAUCCAGUCCCAGUUCUGCAAGCUCCGAACUUUAUGCAGGAGCCUAGCAGGAAAUACCGUUUACCUGCUCACCAUCACCAACCCAUCCCAGACCCCUCAAGAGGCAGCUGCAAAAAAAGCUGUGGUCUUGAGUGCCAGAGUCCACCCUGGGGAAAGUAAUGGCUCCUGGGUUAUGAAAGGCUUUUUGGACUUCAUCCUUAGCAACUCCCCAGAUGCCCGGCUCCUCAGAGAUAUUUUUGUCUUCAAGGUGCUUCCCAUGUUAAAUCCAGAUGGUGUGAUUGUGGGGAAUUAUCGGUGCUCCUUGGCUGGAAGGGAUUUGAACAGGCAUUAUAAAACCAUUCUGAAGGAGUCUUUUCCUUGUAUUUGGUACACCAGGAACAUGAUCAAAAGACUUCUUGAAGAAAGAGAGGUUCUGUUGUAUUGUGAUUUCCAUGGCCACAGUCGUAAGAAUAAUAUCUUCCUGUAUGGCUGUAAUAACAACAAUCACAAGUACUGGCUUCAUGAACGAGUUUUUCCUUUAAUGUUAAGCAAAAAUGCACCAGAUAAGUUCUCUUUUCACAGUUGUAAUUUUAAGGUCCAAAAAUGCAAAGAAGGAACAGGACGAGUUGUGAUGUGGCGGAUGGGAAUCCUAAACAGCUACACCAUGGAGUCCACCUUCGGCGGCUCCACCCUGGGUAGUAAAAAAGGCACCCACUUUACCACUGAAGAUCUGAAGUCCUUAGGUUACCAUGUCUGUGACACCCUUCUGGACCUUUGUGAUCCUGACCAAACCAAGUUCACUCAGUGUCUGGCAGAGCUUAAGGAGCUUUUACGACAGAAAAUCCACAAGAAAUUCAAUGAACUUGGACGAGAUAAAGAUUUAGAAGGAAGCUGGAGUAAUAUCUCUUUGUCUGACAUUGAAUCCAGUACCAGUGGCUCUGACAGUUCUCUCUCAGAUGGUCUUCCUGUUCACCUAGCAAACAUAGCAGAUGAGCUGAAUCAGAAGAAGAAGAUGCUUCAAAGGAAAAAAAAGAAGUCACUUCAGACUAGGAAACAGCGAAAUGAGCAGUAUCAGAGAAAAAAUUUGAUGCGGAAGUUAAAGUUAACAGAAGAUACUGCAGAAAGGGCAGGAUUUGCUUCUACUCUUCAAAAGCAGACAAACUUUUUCAAAAACUCAGAGAAUUCCAGUUCUUUACCAGUGAAAAAUGAAAACCCGAGGUUAAAUGAGACAAAUUUCAGUAGAAGAGACAAAGACACCCGCCUGGACUCAUCAAUGGUCACCCUGAUUCUGCCUAAGAAUAAAGAGAGAAUACAGACAAAUUUCAAUAGAAGAGACAAAGACACCCCCCUGGACCCAUCAAUGACCACCCUGAUUCUGCCUAAGAAUAAAGAGAAAAUGCAGAAGCAGCAGCCAGGCUUUACAGUAUCAUGCUCUCCAAAGAGAACCAUAAACUCCAGCCAGGAGCCAGCUCCAGGUGUGAAGCCAAACUGGCCAAGGAGCAGAUAUCGUGCCACAAAGAGAAGCUGUGUGGCCGUGGCGGCAUACCCAUCCUUGCACAUAUACACAUACCCAUAGGCGAGCCUGGGCUAUGGCACACAAGCACUUCUUGGGGUGUUGGAGAUUAGACACGUUUUGUAAUAGGGGUGAUGUGUGAUUGGGAACUGCAUUUCCUAGUGGUGUACUGUGUUGUGUAUUCAUUAUACACUGACCUUACACUUUGUACUUACACUCUGUGUUGUGAUCAAGAUGCAUACCUCAUGAAUUCAACUGUUUUUUCAUAAAAUGAAAUUUCAUUAUGAUGUGUAAAAAUGCUUUAUCCGGAACUGAAGUGUGCUCUCAUGGCACACCUCGUGACAGCACAGAUAUUCCUCAUUUUAACCAAUAGAUAUUCUCUCUAAAAUUAUGUGUAAGUCAAUUUUUAAAAAUCAAACUC